AUGUCGCGUAGCACAGUAUCAAGCUACAAGACAAGAUCAGGGAAGGACUGUUCCACCAAGUCGUCUUCCGUUAGCAAUGCAGCCGCCAUUGCCCGUGCAAAGGCAGAAGCCGCGAAGGUCAAAGCAGCCUUUGCCGAACAAGAAAUGAAGAUGAAAGAAGAAAGGGCUGAGAAAGCAAAGCAACAGGUCCUCUUAGAUGCAAAGCUAGAAAAGCUCGCCGUAGAGAAAGAAACGGCAGCCGCCAUAGCUGAAGCAGAGUUCUUGGAAGCAAUGGAAUACCAGAAAACCGAAAGUCACCGCAGUGUGCUUAGUCCAGAACUCGGCCAGCAAGAUCCUGUACAACGCACUUCAGAGUACGUCCGUCAACACUCUAGACCAAACAGCAAUGCUGAUCCAUUCCCAGGAACCGAAGAUGUCACCUAUGCCACAGAGGAAUCAUACCGUCCAAAAGAAAGAGUCACGCUCGGAACCCAGUCCUACAAACAAGAGAGCCCAGAGCCACGUGACAAAACUCCAGCUAACUUCCCUGUACACCGAGGAAGCCAGCUUCCAGUCCAGCCUGCAGAGCCACCUUAUCCUACAAGACGGUAUGACAUGGACUGGCCUAAGUCAGAGACUCCAUACAGAAAACCUGAAGACAUCCCAGCGGCAUCAUUAAUCUGCAACUUUAUUUAACCCUACCAUUGCCAUUACGAAA